CACAGCCGUAUUAUUGUUUACUCCAUAAACAUCGAGAACACAUUACCGGAUGGUCCACGAUUUUUGUGAAUUCUGGUGGAACGCACAACAUUAAUGGAGGUAGACAAUAACGACAACUCGGACGAGGACUAUGAAGAGGAAGAGUUUUUGGUAUUUUUGGAUUUCCAAUCGAAAAUCAAAUCCGAAACGCUCGAAAAACGCAAUCUCAAAAUCAAAAUGAUCGGCUUCGAGACCGACGAACCGAUUGUCCAAGUAAAUAACAAAAUAUUUCGAGGCACAUUCGAACAUGCAAUGGGAACAAAUGUAUUUUUCACACCAGAUCCAGAUCCACCAUCGAUGGAUCCGAAUUUCGAGCCCAUUCCGUCGACGAUGUACAAAUAUCAUUCGCAAACCGAUAAGGUGCUGAGAAUGGAACGUAUGUUCAUAACACCGAAGCAGGAAAACGACGAGCUGACGGAAACGCAGAGCGACGAGGAUGUCGUACCAACCGAAAGUUAUUCGGACGCAUUAAAUCAUUUUCUGAAAUUGGACGAACUACCGCCAAGAACAUUGACUGGAUCAGAUGUACUGAAGCCAUCGGAAUUCCAUGACUUUUUUCGACCGCAAUUGAACAAUGAGGAUGAGGAUGAACCGCAGAAUGCGAGUGAGACAGUUAUGGAUGCAACGGAAACUAAUGACAAUGAAGAUAGGGCUGAAAGUAAUUUAAGUGAAGUAGAUGAUGGAGGUGAUGAUGGUAAAUCAACGGAGACGACGAGUCCAAUGAAAGUUGAAACAAUAAAGCAGGAAAAGCAGUGACAUGUAGCUUCAAAACAAGGUAAGUCCUAAGUAUCGGGGUAGAAUGAUAAUGAACGGAGCGGAAUUCUAGUGUGAGACGUUUGCACUUAUCUGCUUGCAUUGUGAGGGAGUCGCCUGGAGAGUUGAAAUAAAAAUAUUUUUA